AUGAUAGACGCAAUAGCGAUCAGUACUCUUGCUGCCUCAAUAGUGAGCAAGUGUUACAGGUACGGGUGCAGUGUUGCAGAUGCACCUGACGAAGCGAAAAGGCUUGCCUCGGAGGUCACCAAUCUCAGUGGGCUGCUCAUAGGGCUUCAAAGUGUUGCAGAUCAGCACGAGAGCUAUCUUGAGAGUCUCAAUGUGUAUAAAAUUCUGCUGGAAUGCUCUGCAGAUCUGAAGGCAGUCGACUCGCAGCUCGAAGGACUUGUGCCAGUCGCGGGUCAAACAAAGACUCGGCGCAUCGUGAAGCGGUUGAGAUGGCCACUACAGCGCGGGGAUACGCUGUUGAUGCUCGAGCAUAUCGAACGACAGAAAGGAUCUUUUGAGUUUUGUAUUGGAAUCGCUCACUACCAGAAAGAACUCCAAGAUCUGUCGAGGGCUUUCCAAGCACUCGAUGCUAGGAUUGCUAGCAAGGAAGAAUUGGCGGUAGAACAGAGUGUAUUGGACUGGGUCUGUGACUACAAUUAUCAAGCCCAACAUCAUCGGGCUUACAGACUGCAUUGCGAUAAUACAUCCUCCUGGAUUCUCGAACAUCCCCUUUUCCUGCACUGGAGAGAAUCAAGAGACCCUGUUCUGUGGUUCCGAGGAGCACCUGGUUCAGGCAAGACCGUCCUGGCUUCCUACGGCGCGGAACAUUUUUUACAGCGGCAGUCGUCGACCGCUGGGGCCCAGCCGGUGGUUCUAUUUUACUAUGAUAAAAGCACUAACCAGAGUCUUUCGUUGCAGACCUUCUUGGCUUCGGCUUUGCGGCAGCUAUGUGUUCAGAUGGGGACUCCACCAUCUGUCAAAGAAGCCUUCAGCGCAGCGAAACUUUCAUCAGGUGACCUCAGGCCCAUCAAUAUCAAUCAGCUGACAUCGAUGGUUCGUCGACACAUUGUUCACGACCCUCCGUGUAUUGUCAUCCUCGAUGGAAUGGAUGAAGCUGAAGACAUACCUGGUAUCUGCGACUUUCUUACAACCAUGCUGGAGUCGGGUACAAAGUUCUUCAUAUCCAGUCGUCCUCAUAAUGUCAUAGCCAAUGUACUUCCAGGUGCACUCAAGAUGUCGGCGCCAUCAACUUCAGCCAGCUCAGAUAUUGCUCAAUAUAUUGAUCAGAGGUUGCAUCAUGAUCAACGUCUGCAGAAGAUGGCCCAAGGCUUGAAGUCGUACGUGCGAGAGAGCCUUUGUGAAAAAGCGGCAGGAAUGUUCCGAUGGGUACAAUGCCAGCUUGAUGAGAUCUCGAAACUUCGCACCAACAAAGCCAUCAAAGCGGCCAUCAAAGCUCUUCCAGAGACGCUAGAGGCCUCUUACUCCCGCAACGUUUUAAGAAUUAACGAGGGUGACCUGAUCUACGCGUACCAAGCUCUGCUAUGGCUAACAUACGCGCUGUAUCCUUUGAAGCUCAACACGUUGGCCGAAGCAACGGUUCUUGAGCCGGGCGCUACCGCCGUAGAUGACGAGUCUCAGCUAAGCGAUCCAGCUGAUAUCCUAGACAUCUGCGGCAUGCUGGCGUUCUACAAUGACUUGUCUGAUGAAGUCCAACUGUCUCACCAUUCGGUGCGAGAAUUCUUGUCGGCCAGUUGCAAAAUACCAUUCUCUUUCCCAGAGAAGUCUUGCCACCGUACAAUCGCGGAGCGUUCCAUCUCAUACCUACUCAACGACGACUUUGCAAGCGGACCCCUAGCAUCGUCUCAAUCCAUCAAAACCACACUGACAAAUUACCCCCUUCUCGCAUAUGCGGCCCGCAGCUGGCCUACUCAUGUCCUCCGCUCUGAUGCUGAAGAGGCGCUGCAACCUCUCAUACUCAAAAUCUUGACACCCGAAGCCACGCCACAAUUCUAUUUCUGGCUGCAAAUCGUUCUGUACCAUUCCAACCAUGGCUUUCAAAUUCCCGGGACUAAGUCGUCUUAUAUUCCUACAGCUCUAUAUUACGCCUCAUCUUAUGGCCUGUACAACACUGUGAAGUCUCUUAUCGCCUUGGGCGCCGAUUUGAACGUCCGAGCUGGCCGAUAUGGGGGCACUGCUUUGCACGCUGCGUGCUGGCGUCAACAUCCGCAUAUCAUUCAACUUUUAUUAGGAGCGGGAGCCGAUACGACAAUUGGGGACCGUAACGGCAUGACGGCAUUCGAUCUGACCAAGAAUGGGGUCGGGAGUGAGUAG